AUGGAUCGCAUCGAGCAGGCCGAGGUGGCGCGGCGCGACGAGGGGCGAGAAGAGCGAUUCGGCGAAGACGAAGAGAGCGGAGAGAGCGGGGACGAGGGGACAGAGAAGCGCGCAGCGGAAGCAGGGGAGAAAGGGAAGGAAGCGGGUGGGGAAGGGGAGGAGGAGGAGGAAGAGGAAGAGGAGGAAAAGGUGGAUUAUGGAGAAGACGAGAUCGAUAGAGAGGAAUACGAGGGGGAGGGGAAGGAGGAGCGGGAGGAGGAAAGGGAGGGACAAAAUGCAGAAAAGACGAGGGAGGAGGGGGCGGAUAAAGAGGAGGAGGAAGAGGAAGGGGAGGAGGCGGAUGAGGAGGAAGGAGAGGAGGCGGAGGAGGAGAGUGAGGAGGGAGAAGAGGUGUGGGAAGGAAGAGAGCGGUCAAAGUCAGUGGAGGAGGAGGGUGAUGGAUGGAUGGAUGAAGAAGACGAGGAGGAAGAAGAGGAGGAGGAAGAGGAGGAGGAAGAGGGGGAGGAGGAGGUGGAGGAGGAGGAAGAGGAAGAAGAAGAGGAGGGGGAGGAGGAGAUGAUGGAGGCGGAGAGGGCAGUGAGGGAGAGGGAGGUGAGGGGAGUGCGAGUGGAGGGGUUCCGUGUGGUGCGCCGCACUGGCACCCGCCUGCACUUUUGCUCCAAGUGCCACUUCCCCAUCGCCUCCUACGGCCGCCUGGAGCCAUGCACGCACGCAUUCUGCCUCAAGUGUGCCUCUGCGCUCAAAGCCUGCUACAGGUGCCUGGCGCCUAUCACAGCAGUGCACCCCAUCUCCGCCUACCAAGGAGGCCUCUACAUCUGCGCUGCACCCAACUGCUUCCUCUCCUUCCCCCGCCUCUCCCUACUCUCCUCCCACACCCGCUCCGCCCACCCAUCGAUCGCCCCCCACCCCUCCCACCCCCACCUCCUCCUCCCCACUCCUCCCUCAUUCACUCCCGCCACCUCGCCUGAAAGUAUAUGCGCGAUGGGAGGGGCGGAGGGAGGGGAAGAGGGGCAUGAAGAGGGGUGGCAUGGGCAGGGCUUUGGGCGGUCAGUGUUGGCGGAUGGGGGAGGGAAGGCAGUCGCAGUGGCAGGGGCGACAGCAGGGCUAGCAGGAGCAGCAGCGAUGGCAGCGGCAUUAGCAGCCGGAGCAGCAGGAGCGGGAUCAACAGGAGGAGCAGGAGCAGGGGGAGGAGGGGGAGGUUCAGGUGGGGUGGUUGGGGGGUCUGGGCCGAGUAGAGCAGGUGCAACUGCUGCCGCUGCUGGGGUCCCUGCGAGUCCCUCUGGCGGUGUUGGUGGUGGGAGGCUGGGCGGAGGAAAGGCAGGAGGGGGCGGAGGAAUAGCAAGGGGAGGAGGGGUUGGGGGAUCCGGGGGUGGUGAAAGGGGAGCAGUUGGGGCAGUGGGGUCGGGUGCAGCUGGUGGAGGCACACUCAGUGCAGGGCGGGCAUCCCCCACUGCUGCUCCCCUCCCCCCUUCACCUGCUGCCCUCAGGCCCUCCACUUCCCCCCACGCCCCACCUGCUUCCCCACACGCCCCAGCCUCCCUCCCCCCUCCCCUCCCGCCGCCCGCGCGCCAGCCACCCCUCCCUCUGCACUCUGCUACGCCCCCUCUUCCCUCUCCUCCAGAAUCUGCUCGUUCAGGCAGCUUUGCCCCGCUUGCACCCUCAUUGUCUCCCAUGCAACUGCAGCAGCAGCAACAGCAGCAGCAGCAACAGCAACAACAGCAGAAGCACCCUCCACUUCCGCCUCCCCCUUCAUCCCUUCCCUCCCGCCCCCUUCCACCUCCCUCACUCGCUCCCUCAAACCUCUCCUCCAAACCCAACCCUCCUCCUGUCCCCCGCCCCCCUACCCUCUCUCAACCCCCCCUUCUACUGUCUGCUCAUCCUUCCUCCCCUUCCUCUACCUUCUUCUCUUCGCACACCCACUCUCCAUCCCACCCUCCUCUCCCUCCCAGCAGCAAUACAUUCCAAUCCACUCCCCCUAAUCCUCCUCAUUCUGGCUUCCCUUCUCCCUCUCUCAAUCGUCCCCCUCUCCCUCCACCUCCCACCCCUUCCACCCCUCCCAACCCCCCACAAUCCACCCGGCAACCUCCCCUCCCUCCUCACUUCCCUUCCGCGCCCUCAUCUCUCCCACCCCAAUUCUCCUCUCCCCCUGCCCCUGUCCGCCCCCCCACCAUGCCCCCUCUCCCUGCCAACUACCUGCCUGCCACACCACCCACUCCCUCCUACCCUCCCUCUUCCCCCUCGCCCUCCCACCAACAGCAGCAGCAGCAGAACCAGCAAGCUCAGAAUUCCCGCAUUAUGGGAGGAGGCAUGGGAGGAGGUAUGGGAGGAGGUAUGGGAGGAGGCAUGGGAGGAGGCAUGGGAGGAGGCAUGGGAGGAGGCAUGGGAGGAGGCAUGGGAGGAGGCAUGGGAGGAGGAAUGGGAGGAAUGGGAGGAGGUAUGGGAGGGAUGGCGCGAGAUGGAGGUGCCUUUGCAGGGGGGCAAUUCUUCCCCCAAGGGCCCUCUUCAGGGGGGCUGGGUGCUUUUGCUGGUGGCCCUGGUGGUGCCAUGGGAGGGGGAAUGGGAGGGGGCAUGGGAGGAGGGAUGGGAGGAGGGAUGGGUGGGGGAAUGGGAGGAGGUAUGGGAGGGGGGAUGAUGGGUGGAAGUAUGGGAGGGGUUGGGAUGGGGGGAGGAGUGGAUGGAGGUGGUAUGGCGGGGUAUAACAUGCCUCCACUUCCCCCUUCGAGGCAUGCAGGGCCGCACGGGAAUUAUCGCAUGGACAGGCCUGGAGAUGGGGGCAUGGGGGGAGGUUGGGGAUAG